UGGUCAGCAUGUAUCCCGGAGAAGUUGACGAAAUGCAGCAUGUCGACGAAAGAAACAAGGUAGACAGGCCUUGCUUGUGUAGUGUAUGUGUCGUGGCUAACCUCCUUACGACUUUUGCUUUACAUCUGUGCCUAGGUGAUCUUCGUGGAGGUGUUCGACGAAGGCUGCAGAGAUCUCGUGUUCAAUCGGCUGGAGGGGGCUAUCAAGACGGAUAAUCCACUCAAGAUGGAGACGUCUGUUCAAGUGAAGAACCCACAAGAAUUUUGUACCAGCUUGGAAUCGAGGCACGAGGAGAUCAAGGCGGCAUGGACCAAGUACCGGUCGAAGACCUCGGCAGGCAGUUGAAUUAUUGCUGGCCCCAAUGAGCGCGUUUGGUGAUCGGACGGUCAAACGUGUCGUGACGUGAGGAGGAAAUCAGCUUGGGUAAGGUGAAUUCGUGCCGAUGAUGUUCGUGGCGUUACGGGCGCAUUGGGCGAGUUGGCAUCGGCACAUCCCACAACAGUUGCUAAGAUGAAUGUGAUACCGUUUUAAUUUGCUCACAGCACUCUUCCUACUGAUAUCUCUUCUGUUCUUGACAAUUCCUGUACUCUGUUCACGCAUUUCGUAGUCUACGAAGGCGUCGCGCUCAUUAGGCCUGCCACCCUCGGGUAUGCACCAACUUGGAUGAGUUGAAGGCGUUCGUUGUGUGGUCUUCGGGCACGUGGAUUUGCCGCUACAACGGUUAGUAAAUCUUACUGAAUAUCGGCACGUGCUGGAUGCACAAGACAAGUUUCUACAGAGGCACUAGCCGGAUAGCAAACGCUUAUAGAUGAGGCUUAUAUUUGCUGCUCUACCUACUGCACUUCAUACAGUCCUGGCGGCUAGCACAGCACGAUACCUACCCGAUCACUGCUCAUCCGUGGACAGCGCCAGUUGUACAGGUAAUACUGCAGCUCUCCGCUCCCAGGUCCGAACUUGAGCGGCUGCAGCAUCUCGACGUUCUCCAUCACGUCCAGCGCGUUGAAGACGUCCGCGUGCUCCUUCUUGGCCAUAAUCAGCGCGUCCUGCAUCAGCUGCGUGAGCGUCACCGACUUGGCCACGUUGUAGAAGGAAUACACUGCGUUGAGCUUCUUGUGUUUGUCGUCCCCGAUGAUAGUCGACGGCAGGUGGUAGAAGCUGCACACGUCCGUGAUCUCGUGCGUCUCCGGGUUCUCCACCACGUACGCGUUGACAACCCCCACGCGCGGCACCAUCCAGUGCGCGACGUCCUCUUCACUGUACUCCACCGCAAGCUGAAACUUAGUCAAGUACUCCCUCAACAACCUCGUCACCUGUCGAACAUCCGUCCGCUCCAUCGGCCGGAAGCCUGGCGUGGACGUAUGUGCUGGCAGCUUGAGCGCCUUGAUGGUCUGGGCCAGCGUCAUCUUCGGCGGGAGCGGGGAGAAGCCCACUUCAAUGAGCUUCUUGGGGUUCAAGGACCGGUGGAAAUACCUGCACUGGGCCACGGGCAUGGGCAGCACCACGCCCGCCGUGUAGACGGCCUGCCACACGUCGCACAGGUUCACUCUCCUCGUGACCUCCUUGAUCAGCACAGGGGCCAGCCGCCUAUCCCUCAGUCGCUUGUGCACGCAGAGGAAGUUGAUUUCGGCCAUGGCCAUGGACUCGGCGUCGACUCGAGCUCGCACUGGGAUGCCGCUGAUGAAGGCCAUGAGCUUGUGGUUGUGCGUACUGCGCACGCCAAUGUGCCAGUCCUUGCGGUAGCCUGGGGGCUUGAGCGCCCACUGCAGGAAGUCGACCGAGUAGUCGAAGCGGAAGGUGCAGUCGUCGUCCUCCACGUAGUUGCGGGUCAGUAAUUCAUACAACUCGUCGGCCUGAGAAGGGUCCAUCACGUCCACGACGCUCCAGGUGAAGCCGAGCGGCAUGUGAUACGGCUCCUGUCUCACUUGGUCCGGCGUCUUUUGGGGGACGUCGAUGGGUCCAUGUGGACAAUCUGUAAUGCUGUGGUCCUGUGUGUCACGUGGGCUGGGGACAGGUUGCGUCCCCCAGAAGCGGUGCUCUCGCUGCAGCUCGUGCGCCUGCUGGACCGACUGCGCCAGGUUCAGCUGCUUCAGCAGCCGCAGGAAGUCCUCCUGCUCCUCCACCGUCACCACCUGCUCCGUCGUCUCGGAGGAGGUCGACGCAGCGUCGUCCUGAACACCAUCGCCAUGAUGAGCAUCAGCCAUUGCCUACACCACUGGAAUCGACACACAAAAAAUCGAAGCAAGUGAGUUAUGUGCACCACAAAACUAUUAAGUCUCUCCAAAUUAACUAAAUCAUCGUUUGAUUAGGCUAAUUUGCCAGUCACCCGCCCCCCAUACAAAAGAUCCGUCACGCCACAGACUGAGACGAUGAGCAGCUCGCCGCCUCCCCCGCCCGCCGCGGGCGCCACGCCCGACGACAAGCAGCUGGAGCUCGUGACCGUGGAGGAGCAGGAGGAGUUCCUGCGCGUGCUCAAGCAGCUGAACCUGGCCACGGCGCCGCCGCCCGACCGCGCGGCCGCGGCGGCGCAGAAGGACUUCAAGUUCUGGAAGACGCAGCCCGUGCCGGCGCUGGACGAGUUCCCGCGCGAGCACGGCGCCAUCGACGCGCCCAAGAGCGUGGUCGACGUGCGCGCGGAGCCCUACACCAUGCCGCCGGGCUUCGCGUGGAGCGAGAUCGACCUGACGGACGCGCACGAGGCCAAGGAGGUGUACGACCUGCUCACGCAGAACUACGUCGAGGACGACGACAACAUGUUCCGCUUCGACUACUCGAUCGACUUUUUGAUGUGGGCGCUCACGCCCCCGGGCUUCCACAAGGACUGGCACGUGGGCGUGCGCAACCAGAAGACCGGCAAGCUCAUGGCCUUCAUCAGCGGCAUCCCCGUCAAGACGCGCGUGUACACGACCGUCAUGGACAUGGCCGAGAUCAACUUCCUAUGCGUGCACAAGAAGCUGCGGACCAAGCGCCUCGCGCCCGUGCUCAUCAAGGAGAUCACGCGCCGCGUCAACCUGCGCGACAUCUGGCAGGCCGUCUACACGGCGGGCGUCGUGCUGCCUAUGCCCGUGGCGCAGUGCCGCUACUUCCACAGGUCGCUCAACCCCAAGAAGCUCAUCGAGGUGGGCUUCUCCAGGCUCGCGCCCAGGAUGACCAUGACGCGCACCAUCAAGCAGUUCAAGCUGCCCGACGCCACGGCCACGCCCGGCUUCCGCGCCAUGCAGAAGAAGGACGUGGCCCAAGUCACGGCGCUGCUCAAGACGUACCUGGCCAAGUUCGACCUCGUGCAGCACUACGACCAGAACGACGUGGCCCACUGGAUGCUGCCGCGCGACGGCGUGAUCAGCGCCUACGUGGUGGAGAACCCCGAGAGCAAGAAGAUCACGGACUUCGCCAGCUUCUACCACCUGCCCUCCACGGUCAUCGGCCACCCGACGCACAACAAGCUCAACGCCGCCUACUCGUUCUACAACGUGGCCACGUCCGUCCCGCUCACUCAGCUCAUGAACGACGCGCUGAUCAUGGCCAAGAAGGAGGACUUUGACGUCUUCAACGCGUUGAGCCUGAUGGACAACAUGGAGUUCCUGCAGGAGCUCAAGUUCGGCCCCGGCGACGGCGACCUCAUGUACUACCUGUACAACUGGCGUUGCCCGCGGAUGGAAGGCAACAAGGUCGGCAUCGUGCUGUGCUAAGCGAGCUGCCCCUCGAAUCAGGCUGAGCCAGGGCGGGAGGUGGAUAGUGCGUAACGUGGCGAACGUUGCAAGGAAAUCGCACGCGCAGGGGGAAAGACGACUGGACGCGUGCAGCGGAGGAAGCAGUUGCCGUGGCUCGUUGUUGGGUGAAUGCGUAGGUCGAUAGA